AUGAUGACUACGAUGAUACCAAAGGCUUGUUUGAAAGAUAUUCACAAGCUCCAAAGGAAGUUCAUAUGGGGUGAUACAGAAAACAAGAAGAAAUUUCAUGUUGUGGAUUGGAAAAUGGUUACUAGACCGAAGAAUGAGGGUGGUAUGGGGAUUAGAAAUUUAGAGAUUAUAAACAGGGCUUGUUUAACUAAAUUAGGGUGGCAGCUUCAUAACGGAAAUGACAAACUAUGGUGCAAAGUGGUGCUGGGAGAGUAUAGGCAAGAGUCCAUAAAUGGUAGCAUCAUGACUAAAUGCUCGUUUUCAUCCUUCUGGAAGAACGUGGGAAAAUUAUGGACUAAGGUGGAGGAACGUAGCUUGUGGCAGAUUAGAGAUAAUGCUACUAUUAGUGCUUGGAAUGCAAAGUGGCUUGGUCACGACUUACAUAUUUUAGAUCUAGAUGUGAGUAUACCUGGUGAUCUCAGCAAUGCGAAUGUUUCAUAUCUCAUACAAUCUGAUGGUGAUUGGAAAUGGGAAAUAUUACGUCAUUGGUUGUCGGAGAAUGUUCUUAAUAGAAUCGUAGGUACGACUCCUCCCUCAUCUGAUUCUGGGAAGGAUUAA